AUGUACGACACUCGCAAGGUCGGUGUAUUGGGCGGCGGCCAACUCGGUCGCAUGCUGAUUGAAGCCGCGAAUCGCUUGAACAUCCAAGUCAACGUACUAGACGCAGCAGCAACGCCAGCCAAGCAAAUCUCAGCACACAAUGGACACAUUGAGGGCUCUUUCAAGGAUGCAGCCGCCGUAAAGCAACUGGCCCAAUCCUCCGAUGUCGUCACCGUCGAAAUCGAGCACGUGGAUACCCACAUGCUGGAGCAGGUUGCGGGACAAGUCGUUGUUGAGCCGAGCUGGAAGACUCUCCGGACUAUCAAGGACAAAUAUGCGCAGAAGCAGUACCUGAAAGAGCAUGGAGUUGGUGUCGCCGACAGUAUCGAUCUUGAGGGCAAGGAAGUUGAAGGACUGAAAGAAGUGGGGGCGUCGUAUGGCUAUCCCUUCAUGCUCAAGAGCAAGACGGAGGCGUACGAUGGCAAGGGUAAUUUUGUCGUCAAGAGCGAGGCAGAUGUCGAUGCAGCAUUCGAGGCACUAGGCAAGCGACCGCUGUACGCUGAGCGAUGGGCAGACUUUCGCAUGGAGCUUGCGGUCAUGGUUGUCAAGACCAAGGACGGCGUGCUCACAUUCCCUACCGUGGAGACUGUGCACGAGGACAGCAUCUGCAAGCUCACAUAUGCGCCGCCACGAAAUGUAUCCGCCAAGAUUGCACAGCAGGCCCAGGACCUGGCGAAGAAGGCCAUUGGCGCUUUUGAAGGAAAGGGUGUCUUUGGCGUCGAGAUGUUCCUGCUCAAAGACGACAGCCUCCUCAUCAACGAGAUUGCGCCUCGUCCACACAACUCGGGUCACUACACCAUCGAGGCCUGUCCCAUCUCCCAGUACGAUGCCCACCUCCGCGCUAUCCUCGACAUCCCCAUCUUGGAAUCCAGCCUCCGCCUCCGCGAACCCGCAAUCAUGCUCAACAUUCUCGGCGGCAAGACACCAGACUCGCACAUCCAAGUAGCCAAGAAGGCGAUUGAGUCCAUCAACGCCUCAGUCCAUCUCUAUGGCAAAGGAGACGCUCGCCCGGGUCGUAAGAUGGGUCACAUUACGCUGACGGCGCCCACGCUCGCCGCCGCCGAGCGCGAGAUCCAACCCCUCAUUGACUUUGUCGACGCGCAAAAAGGCAAGACGGUCGAACCGCGGAACCCCGAAACCACCAAAGAAGAGCCUCUCGUCGCCGUAAUCAUGGGCUCCGACUCGGAUCUCCCCGUCUGCCGCGCAGGCCUCGAGAUCCUAACCAAACUCCAAAUCCCCUUUACCACACGCAUCACGUCUGCGCACCGCACGCCCGACUGGCUCCGCGAGUUCUCCAAGAACGCCGCUCAGACGUCGCUCAAAGUCAUCAUUGGUGCUGCAGGCGGCGCAGCCCAUCUCCCCGGCAUGUGCGCCUCGUGGACCACGCUCCCCGUCAUCGGGCUGCCCGUCAAAGCCAGCGUCAUGGACGGCUGGGACUCGCUCGUCAGCAUGACGCAGAUGCCGCGCGGCGAGCCCGUAGCCACCGUCGGCAUCAACAAUUCCACCAACGCUGCGCUGCUUGCAAUCCGCAUUCUGGGUGCUCAUGACUACGCCAUUCGUGAGCGGCUGCGCUUGUGGAUGGAAGGGAAUGAACAUGAGGUUCUGAGGAAGGAUCGAGUAUUGUUGGAGGAUGGCUGGGAGGCGUAUUUGAAGACUAUGGGGAAAUAAGGGGAUGUGGAUAUGGGGGAGGGGGAUGGAUGAGUUUGGGGUAUGGGAAAUGGGGUAUGGGAAAUGGGUGCGGAGAGGCGGCUUUGAAGUGAUAUUUUGAUGAUGGUCUUUGAGUCUAAUUGGUAUCCAUUGUGGC